AUGAAGCAAAAGUAUCAUGUGGAUAUCAAUACUCUUGACUCUUUACCUGCCUUGGGUCACAAUUCUCUUGUCUUGCCAUGUAUUUCCACUAAACCAGCACCACCAUCAACAGCCCAUCCAUUAAAACAUACACCAAAUUUAUACAACACUCGUCGUAUCCAUCAACAAUCCACCAGCUGGUCUCGGUGGUUACUCACUGUGGUUACCAUAAGGGCAUUGACUAUUUCUGCUCUUCAGAUCGCAUUUUUAUAUUUGCUAUCAGUAUCGUUGAAUAUCCAAUUUGGAACUGCUUUUUCGCAAGGUGCUGGAAUGACCAUCAUCUAUUCAUUUGUAUUUAUUACAUAUGAAUGCUACAAUGUCUUUUUGAUUAUGGAUGCAGUCAAAAAGCUAAAUACUCCUCAAACCGUUGGUGUCACUUUCUUGAUGUCGAUUAUUGGUUUGUACUCUGCAUUGCAAUUACAACAAAUCAAUUGGUUGGAAUCGUGUACUUUGCGAUGGAGGGAUGCAACUGUACUUGGAUCAACGAAUGCAUCAUUGGCAACACAAUCAGUUGUUGAUGAAUUUGGAACAGAUUUGCUUUGUGCAUCGCCCAGUUACAUAACAGCAUCUACAACACAGUUUACUCAAGUUUCGCUUCACAAUCAGCAAAACAUGAGAUUUCCAGUAUUGAAUGGACUAAAUGAUGUGCAUAAUGCAAUGAAUCGAAAAUUGGGACAUAACAGCAAGAUAAUCAUUAUUUCGGCCAUGUGCGUUGUAGCAGUAAUAGUAUUUGAUGCGUUGCAAAUCACACUGGCUUACAAGAUCUAUAAAGUUCAAGGAUGGGAUGUUUUGAGACAGCAUGGUGCAAGCAUUCAAGUGCAAUGCAACAUGAUGUAUCGACUUAAACUGUUUUUCAUGGUAUGCAACGUAAUACAAAUAUCAGGAGCCAUCCUCAUACUCACGACAUUUUCGACAGAAUUCACAAUACUUGUGCGUGAUCCGAUUGAAACUUCAAGACUGUUGAACAUUUUACCACUUUGGGGAACGAUUACAGCUUUACAGAUCAUGUUGUAUAGUAUGACUACAUAUAUGUAUUGUUUCCCGAGUGUAAAAAUACUCCAGUGCGUUUUAUUGCUGACGUUGGCAAACAUACUGGGGUUGGGAUAUCUCACCAUUGUCAUUUGGUCGUUUCCCAUGCUUGUGAUUGUGCAAUUCUGGUUUACAUUUGCAUCGUCAGGAGUAGUAAUGCUAGAUAUAGUUUUGUUUGUUGUUGCAGCACAGGCUCUUGUAUAUGGGGAUGUUGAUCGUGGAUUAAAGCAUGUGAUGCAUUCCCAAUCACAAGUGUUUCCAGAACAGCGUAUGAUAUUGGAGUAG